UGAAACAAGCACUUCAAUGAGAAAUUCGGUCGCAGAAAUAAGCAGCGUGGUUUAGCGAUGAAAUAGAAGUGUUUUAAGUAUUUAACUUUUGUACUCUUCUUUUAAGACGCUUUGCUAAUUCCCAAUCGUGAUUGUCGCCAUGACCAGGACGCGCUUGGCUUCGGAAUGAGAGUUUAAAAAACAUCCCAGGAACCACAGAGAAGGACCAGGCAACGGCAGUCCCCACCUGGGCGGUACAGGGAGCGACGACGAUGCUGAACGCCGGCAGCGCUACACCGAGCGAUAGUGAGCUGGGCACCCCCCAGCAACUAAGCGAUCCCAGGGGCAAGGAGGAGCGAGCAACGGAAGUUGGGGCGGCUUGUGACUGCCAGCUGACAGGAAGGAGGAGGAUCCACUGCCUGGAGAGGGAAAAGCUGGAGAUGAUGUCCACACACAACCGGCAGCUGUGCACGCUGGAGGCAGAGCUCGCCCGGCUCAGGUUGUCCGUGGAGCGCGGGGAAGCUCUGAGGGUAGAGCUGCAGUACCGGGUCGCCGUCGGCCACAGAGACGUCCAGCAAGCCCGCCGGAGCAACGAGGCACUCACAGAGCAAUCUGUGGCGCUGCAGAAGGUUCUGGACAUGACUCAGCAGGCCCGAGAGGAGGAGCGGCUCGCCUUGCAGCAGGAAGUGGACGAGCGUGACGCGCUGGUUGACGGCUUGUCUUUGGAGAGUGAACGACUGCAUCGACUCCUGCUGCACCAAGAGGAGGCGCUGGAGGAGGUGCAGAGGAGGACGGUGGCUCUCCAGAAGGAGCGGGAUCAAGAGGUGCAGGGCCGCAAAUCUUUGGAGGCCAACAUGGAGGCUGAGCGAGCUGCUCACCUGGCGUUCAAGCACCAAUGUGAGGUCACACAGGCACGGGAGCGUUGUGGCCAGCAGGAGGCGCAGUCCAACCUCGAGCUGCUGCGAGGGGCGCUUGAAGAUGCGGAGAGAGCUUACAAGGAGGAGCGAGAGACCAGACAGCGCACUGAGAAAGCUCUGCAGCGCCUGCAGACAGAGUGCAAGCAGUACAAGUGUGACUCGAGCGUUGCCCUGGAGACAGAGAAGAGGAGCACCGCGGACCUGGCUGAGAAGUUGGAGGAGGAGAAAAGGCAGCACGCCAACGCACAUCUGCUUCUGGAACAGGUGCAGAAGAGAGAGGUGCAUUGUGGGAAACUUCUAGACGAGAUCAGGGAGGCUCUCCAACAGCACACACACAAAGGUGCAAAGGAUCAUGGGAAACGGAGUCUUCCUCCCGAUGUGAUGCAGUUGCUCUAUUUGGGGCUCAGGAGACAGGAAGUCGCUGAGCAGCAGGUCCAGGAUCUGCUCCUGGCAUGUGAGAGACUGGAGGAGGAGAAGCAAACCCUCAAACAGCUGACAGCGCAGCAGAAGCGACGUCUGGGGGAGCUUCGCCGGCUGUCAGUCAAGCUGCAGGAGCGAGCGUCCCGCCUGCAAGAUGAGAACCGGGAUUGGGCCGUGCAGAACGAAAAGCUUCAGGAGGAGUCACGGACCCACCUGUCCUUCCUGCACUGCAUCUCCCAGCGGCUGCUGGCGGCCAGCGUGCUGGCAGAGCCGCAAAUCACGCCGGGUGCUUUGAGCCGCUCGGACUUGCGUGAACUCAUCAGCGGGCUGGUCAAGCAGCUGACCUCUGACCUCCAGGAAGCCAACAACGAGGUGGCGCGUUUGCAGGCAGCACGCGAAGGGAGCGGGCGCCAGGUGCGGCGGCAUCACAAGCUCGUGUUGGCGCGCUCGCGGGAGAGCAGCAGCAGCAGCAGCUGUAGGAUGAGGAUGAGGAUGAGGAUGAGGAUGAGGAUGAGGGCGGAGGCCUGCAACAGCCGACAUGCGCGCACUGUCACUCAGCUGCAGGACCUCCUCUCCCUGAGCCGCAGACAGUCGGCAUCCUUCUUGUCGGCGUGCGCGCUCCUCGCCGGCGCGACCGCGCACGCCCAGCGUCGCCUUCGCGGCCUCGCCGAGCAAAAACAUCUCCUGGCCUCUCGCUCGGCGGCAAGGGAGGACCUGGAGGAGGAGCUGCGGCAGCUGGCCGACGCGCUUGGCGGAGAUCGCGGCGGCCGGUCGGAAGGAUUGGCGAGGAGCCGAUGGAGGAAAUAUGUCUGCGUGGUGUCGGCGCUGAGGAGGUGGCGCGCUGUCGGAAAACGAAGCUCGGAGUUGUUCCGGCUGGAGACGGGAGGCGCGGGUCAAGUGGUGUGCGUCGCCACGGCGACGUUGAUGGGGAAGGAUGUCGUCGAAGGUCGCGACACUUUGUGCGCUCGCUGGCUUCGCUCCAAACGUCUCCGCGCUGCCAUCUUAGACUGCAUGGCCGACCUCCCUCCUCCCGGCUCCUCCCCACUAGGCGUGAGGUCGGCAGCACGGUCUGGGUUGGCCCGCCUCUUGGAUCAGAUUGUCGGCCAAUCGGAAUCUGCUCCCGCAAUCCUGCACGAGGUGCUCCCGCGGACUUUGCCCUCCGGCGACUCGAAGGCGCUGGUGUCCCGCCUCCGACAGCACUUCCUGCUCCUCAGCCAACGGCUGCACUCUGCUGAAGUGGAGAGGCGGAGCCUGAGGCUGCAGGUGGCCAACCUGAGAAGGAUCGAGGCCCGAGGGGAGGACAUGUGGAGGACGGUCCCGGCAAAGCACUUCCACAGUGUGUGCGCAAACCUCCGCCAGGCGCUCGGUGGCGAACAGGAAGCUCGCGCCAUGCUUCAGGAGCAAUCGGCGCAGCGCGACGCCCUGCAGCUGCGAGUCGACGCGCACGCCGCCGAGCGGGAGCGGGCCCGCCACGCGCUUGGGCGCAUGGCCGAGGCGCUGGCGGAGGCUCGACGGCAUUUAAGAGCAAAGGAUCGCUCGCUAAGGAUUCUGGGCAAGCGUCUGGCACGUGUGAACAAAGAGAGCCAGCGACUGCGACACUUGGAGGACGCCGACAGGCGCCGGGACGGCACGAUCGGCAACAGGAAGGCAACGGAGCGGCGCCGCAAGGGAGUGGCCGUCGCGGAAGAGCGGCCAGUAAAGUGAGGGUCUGAAGGUGCGUCGUCCAGGUCCACUGGCUGAUUUGACCCCUGCCCACACAGAGACUGAACAAAGCGAUGACGAGAUUUUAUUUUGAAAGGCAAAAGUACAUUUCAGACAACUACUUAAAGUCACAGCCUUAGAUUGCCCAAAAUAAAUAA